AUGCACUGCUCUUCCCCACAGGGCUGGCUGUACUUCGAGCGCUUUCUGAACGAAGAAAGGCUGGCUCCUCCCGAUAUUGACUCCGACUUUUGCCCUCUCGGGCGGGAUAAGAUCCUGGCAUACAUUGCAGAGAAGUACGGCGCUCACAGGGUGGCACAGAUUGCAACCUUCAACCGCAUGGGGUCGCGUGCUGUGCUCAAGGACGUGGGGCGCGACAUGCAGAUUCCUUUAAACAUCAUGAACGAGCUUACGAAGCUGGUGCCGGUGGAGAGAGGCAAGGCAGUGUCGCUGAAAACCCUCAUGGCGGAGGACACCCCCUUCAGGCGACACGUGGAGAGGGAUGCAAUGCUGCUGCAGUGCGUGGAGUUGGGGCAGCUGUUGGAGGGAACCAACCGCUCCUUCGGUGUGCAUGCGGCGGGCAUCAUCAUCUCGCCCGCCUGUUUCCCUCUCUCCCAGGUGGUGCCAGUACAACAUGCCCCGGGAAAUCCCUCCACCCUGGUCAGCCAAUACGCCAUGGACGAUGUGGAACGACUGGGUCUGCUCAAGUUUGACAUCCUAGGCCUCCGCAACCUCACCACCGCCCACCUCGCGCGCCUCCUCGCCCAGCGCACGUACGGCGUGUCCCUCCCAGUGAUAGAGAAGCUUCCAGUGGAGAACCGCGCUACGUUUGAGCUGCUGUCAGGGGGUGACGUGGACGGGGUGUUUCAGCUGGAGGCGUCUCCUGGAAUGAAGAAGGUGGUGCGGGCACUCAAGCCGUCCAGUCUCGCUGAUAUCUUCGCCAUUGUUGCCCUCUACCGGCCUGGCCCUCUGGACGCAGGUCUGGUCGAUCGCUACAUCAACCGCAAGCACGGGCGCGAGCCGGUGUCCUUCCAGACCCCCAAACUUGAGCCCAUCCUGAAGGAAACGUACGGAGUGCUGCUGUACCAGGAGCAGAUCAUGCGCAUGGCACGCGACCUGGCGGGGUACUCCCUGGGGCAGGCGGACAUGCUGAGGCGGGCCAUGGGGAAGAAGAAGCAGGAGGAGAUGGAGGCGCACCACGAGCGGUUCGUGGAGGGCGCUGUGGAGAGAGGGGUGGAAAGAGCGGUGGCGGAGGAUUUGUUCGAACAGAUGGUGAAAUUCUCGCAGUAUUGUUUCAACAAGUCCCACAGUGCAGCGUACGGGUAUCUCACAUACGUGACGGCCUUUCUCAAGGCCAACUACCCUCUGCCCUACAUGGCCGCGCUCCUCUCUACCUCCAUGCUCGAACCCCCCACCCUCCGCCGAUACGUCAACUCCUGCCGUGCUGCUCACAUCAACAUUCUCCCCCCGUCUGUGAACGCAUCUGCUUAUGACUUCUCUGUGGAGCUGCUUAAAACGGGGAUGGAAGGGGAGGAGGAGCGGGAGGAGGGUUUUGGACAGGUGUCGCCGUCUGGCCCCGCCACGUCAGCUGCGGACGGCGGGAUUCGGUUCGGGCUGGCGGGGAUUCGGGACGUGAGCAGGGCGGCGGCGGAGGAGAUUAUUGGGAAGCGGGAGGCGGGCGGCAGGUUUGUCAGUAUUCAGGACCUGGUUGACCGCAUUGACUUGGGCAUGUGGAAAAGACCAACCAUUCAUGCCCUUGCCCACUCAGGGGCUCUGGAUUGCUUAAUUCUGGGGGAAGGGGGAGAAGGAGGGGGAGACAGGGGAGGAGAGGGAGGAGGAGGGAGAGACAGGGGAAGAGAGGGAGGAAGGGUUGGGAGCGAGGGAGUGUUGGGGGAAGUGGGAGAGAGUGACAGGGUGAGAGGGGGAGGGAGAGAAGUGGAAGGGGUGGAAGGAGGGGGGGGAGGGCGAGACGGGGGAGAGGAGGUGUAUGUGGAUAGGAAGGGGUUAUCGGAGCUGCUAGAAGGGCUGGUGAAGGGGCGAAAGGAGAGGAUAAAAGCGGAGAUUAAGGCUGUUGCAAGGCGGGAGCGAGAGCUGGUGAUGCAGCAACGGCGAGAGGAGAAGCAGCGGGAGAAAGCAGCUAAGGAGUUGCAGAGACAGCAGGAGAGGCAGGCCAGGGAGGAGAAGAAGGAGCGGGAGAGAGUGGAGAGGGAGCGGAAGAGGGAGCAGCAGAGGAUCGAGAGGGAGCAGAAGAAGCUGCUGCAGGGGAAGGGGAGAGGAAGCAAGGUGGAGGCUGCUGUGGUGUUGGCCCCAUUCCCUACCCCUCCCCCCUCUACCACCGCCGUCCCCGCAUUCAUCAUCCCCCCGCCUCCUCCACUCCCCCCGUCCGUCACAGCAGCACUUAUCCUCCGUCGCCCCCUGCAAGAAGAGGAGAUGGUAGAGAGGCUAGCACAGGAGAAAGCGCUGCUAGGCUUCUACGUCACACAACACCCCGUGGAGGCACUCCUCCCCUCCCUCCCCACAUGGCUCUCUCUCACCCCCCUCGCCUCCUGUGCCCACGUGGGCCUGACUAAGGCUUUAGAAGACAGUGCUGCUGCUGCUGCGGCAGCGGCAAGAGGUGGUGGGAGGAGGGGGAGGGGCGGUGGGAGUGCGAAGAGUGGGAAGGACGGGCCGUCGGUGGCGGUGGUGGCAAUGGUAGAGGCGGUGAAUGUGCGCAUAACUAAGAAUGGUAACAAGCAGAUGGCGAAUCUGCAGUUGGAUGAUGGCACGGGGCAGCUGGAAGCGGUGGUGUUCCCGGACGUGUUUGCCAGGUACGGGUCGAGCCUGAGCAAGGGUGCGACGGUGCUGGCGUGGUGUACUGUUGAUGUGGAGUUGGACGAUUCGCCUGCUGCUGCUGGGAGCGGUGAUAGCAGCAGCAGCAGCGGUAGCAGCAGCAGCAGCAGCAGCAGCAGCAAAGAAGAUGGGUCAGCAGAUGUGGCUGCCAGACAGGUUUCACUGUCAUCUUCAGCAGCAGCAGGAGCAGAGUCAGACACAGAAGCACAGGAUGACACCUCCCCCGGACACACCCUCCCCCUAACACCCCCCUCCCUUAACCGACUCCAGCUAAUUGUGCAAGCCGCAGUGCCCACCAGCACAGCUCAGUUCUUGCGUAUAGACGUGACUCAGGAAGAAGCAGGGGAUCCCAAGCACACGAACGCACUCAUAUCCACGAUUCAGCAGGUGAGGCGCGAUGCGGACAACAGGCACGAGGCACGGGUGAUGCAGCAGGACGUGCAGAGGGACGUGGAGCCUCAGGUGCAGCACUGGGUGCGGAUGCAGAGGGCGAGUGCGCCGGGGUCCGUGCCGGUGGUGUUUCGUGUGUGGCCUCACACUGAUGCCAUGCCUAGAGAGAUUGUUGCCAAAAAAGGAUCGACGCCAUAUGGGGACUGGGCGGGUGAGGGGUGGGGAGGGUCUGCCUGGGGUGGUGGGAAGCGGGAGGGAGAGGAGUUGAGAUGGGAGAGGGAGAGCAGGAAACCGAAGCAUCUUAUACGGUCAGACGAGGUAUUCUUUGUGGAGGAUGCGGAGAGGGCAGUAGAGGAGCUGGGGUAUGCAGGGUACCGGGCACGGGUGGUGCCGAUUUUGUUGCAUGAGUGCUGGGAGAAGAGGAGGGAGGAGGGCCUGUCCGAGCAGCAUGAGAGCAACUUCACGUUCAGGGAGGCGUGGUUCCACGUGCAUCGCGACGACUACAACCAGGAGCUGGAGUCGCACGUGGUGCCGCCGCCCGUGGUGUUCGAUCUCAACGGCGACGGCCGCAAGGAGGUCAUCCUCGCCACCAGGGACGCGCGCCUGCAGGUGAUCGAGCCGUUCACGCCGCCGUCAGGCGAGUCGUACCAUCCAGUGCGCGUGCUCAAGGAGGUCUCGCUGCAACCAGGCCAGGUUGAGUUGAACCCAGCGGGGCACCAGGCAGUGGCGUUCGCAGUGGGGUAUCUGGACCCGCCAUCCCUGAAACCCCCCAAGAAGGCGGGCAGUGGCAAGGCGGUGAGCGUGCCGCGGCGCAAGGCGGUGGUGGCGGUGGUGACGGCGGGGUGGGCGGUGCUGUGUUUCGACCACAACCUGAAGCUGCUGUGGGAGACGAGCGUGCAGCACCACUUCCCCCACGGCGCGCGGCACAAGGAGGUGGCCGUGCUCAUCGCCAACCACACCAUGCACCGGGGGGAUAGAGGCGUGGUGAUCAUCGGCGGAUCCAUGGAGUCAGACCCGCUGCAAUUCGAGGACCCAGUGGAGGAGGAGGAAGCGGAGGAGGAGGGCGAGGAGAAGCACCGCAAGGAGGCCGGGGACAAGGAUGAGCUGGAGGAUGUGUCAGAGGGGGCAGCAGGGGUGAACGAGCGCCACUUCUCCUACUACGCCUUUGAUGGCGCCACUGGCGCCAUGCGCUGGAAGCAUGAUAGCAAGGACUUUCAUCGCGACAUGUCAGCAUUGAGCCAGCAGCUGUUGCCGCAGCACAACUACAAGCUCGACGCCUCCUCCCUCUCCUCCCGCCACUUCGGCGAGAUGGAGUGUCGCGAGUUCAGAGAGUCCAUCUUGAAGCACCUGCCACACCGAUGGGAUCAUCGCCAUGACACACGCUUCGAGCUCGCCAGCAUCCACCGCCACCGCCGCCGCAUGCACAAGCGCCUGCCGGGGAGUGGCAGGCACGGGGCGCCACACCAUGCGGCACACCCCCACGGCACGCCCCCCCGGCUGCUGGCCGGGCGCGACCACGAGAGGAACGUGUUUGCGCGGGCCGUGGGGAAGGCUGUGGAUGCUGCUGGGUCCACCAAGAAGGCCAAGCACGGGCAGCACCACGCACACGGCAAUGCAUCGGCGCACCACUGGUGGGCGCACAACGCGGUGAUCGCUCACCUGGAGGAGGGCAUCGAGGUGAUCCACCUCUACUCCGGUCGCACCAUCUGCAAGCUGCUGCUGCCCGACCAUGGCCUGCACGCUGAUGUCAAUGGAGAUUGGGUGCUGGACCACGUGCAGGCGUCGGGUGCGUUGGGAGACGAGCUGUUCACGUUUGGCAGCGAGGAGGAGGCAUCACAGGUGGUCAAGUCCUGCUGGACCAUGGCGCUAUCCGGCAUUCCCCCCACACAGCCGCUCUUCAACGGCUCCAUCUGUCGCCCCCACGCCUCUCUCUUCAACCUCGCCUCUGAGUUCCAGGACCAGUGGAACGAGCAUGCAACAGGGCAGCAGCGGGUGGGCGUGGUGGCGCCCAUUCUACUGCCACACAGGGACCGCCACCACCGCCACCAGCGGCGCCACGGCGACGUCAUCUACUUCAACAGCAGAGGCGAGAUCACCUCAUACGCAACUGAGGCGCUGAGCAGCAAGGGCCCCCACGGGCACAUGCGGUGGCAGAUCAGCACAGACGCCAAGUGGACCCCCGCCGACCCCGCCGCCUCCUUCGACUCCUCCGCGCCUCCUGCCCACGUGCCCUCUCUGCGCGCCAUGGCUCUUAAAGCCGGGGGGCGGCCGGAGGUGAUUCUGGCAGUGGGGGAUAACGAGGCGGUGUUUGUGUCUCCUGGAGGGAAGAUUCUGGGGACGCUGGCGCUGCCGACGACACCUACAGAGCCGAUUAUUGUGGCGGAUUUUAAUGGCGAUAGGCUGAAUGAUUUGAUUAUCGUCACUGCCAUUGGCCCGUAUGGGUUCGUUCAGGUGCGGCAACCAGGAGCCAUGCUGCUGUCCUCGCUACUGGGAUGCCUCGUUAUAGUGAUGAGUGUCAUCUUCGUGUCGCUGCAUCUCGACGCGCCUCGUGGUGGCAAGCCACUUCCCGCCCAGGCGCAGCCGUGGGGGGAGCACGCGGGGGUGGGGAUGGAGUGCGGGCGCGGGGACAAGCGCACGAGGCGGGGGAAGAUCUUCAAGGGGUCGUACGGCAACGCGCGGCGGGACAAGAAGCGGGAGAACCAACGGCUCCGGGAAAAGUGGGAGCUGCCACCUGGCAGCAGCGUUGACACAGUCUUAGUCGGCCAGUAG